AAUAAGCAUCGAAGUUCCUAUACAAAAUCUCUUUGUUGGCAAAAGGAUCAAUUAACGUCAAUGUUUCUAGAGAUUGGAAUUUGUCAACCCAAUCGCAGCAUAAGUCACGCGGCAGUUUUAUUUACGUAUCUGAACAUGUUCCCAGUCUUCGUCUGACCUUCAGGACUCGGUCGUGUUACGAUCGGUGCAUUCUCCGUUGAUUAACCAAAUCCCCCCGUAAUCCCACGGUCAACGCGUGGAAAUUGUUCAUUUUCCUUAACAAAAAAGGAUCCAAGAUCUCCGAGAACGGCGGAAAGAGUGCACAUUCCAAUGAGGUUUGGAGAGACAAAGCCAUCCGUAGGUUACGCCAUCGCCCAACCUUUCUUCUCCUUUCUUGGCUGGCUGGCUGGGUUCCAACUUUCCGCCGUUCCACUUGAUCAGCUGAAGGACAACCGUUCCUCGGUUCCAAAACAAGACGAUGCCGUCGAUUGUGAAGGAAUUAAACGAGGCCCAGAGGCCCAAAGAUGACAUCCAGCAGCUCGUUUGUAUUGGGAAUCAUCUCUUUUCCGGGGACUAUGGCGGAAAGAUUAAGAAGUGGACUUUCGAUCUGGAACCUGUGACGGAAUGGCGUGCCCAUGAGUAUCAAAUCUACGCCAUGGUUGCUGAUGAACAAAACCAAAGGUUAUUCAGUUCUUCGAGUGAUGGAGAGAUCAAGGAAUGGAACCCAAAUUCAGGAGAGAUGAUCAAUAUGACUAUUAUGAAGAAUCGUUACGAUGAAGAUCAUCCCACGGAGAUCAAAAGCCUUCAUUUCCGAGGCGGAGCACUCUACGCCGGCGACGAUAAAGGAACCAUCAAUCGCUACCAGGAUGGAUUCAAAAUGGAUCGUCAAAAGUCCUCCUAUGCGGAAAUCUGGAGUCUGGCCCUCAGUCCAGAUGGAACAACGCUCUUCAGCGCCAAAGACAACCUUGUGGUGGCCUCUUACGUUGAAGAUGAGCCUAAUCAGCAAGCCCAGUUCCAAGACACAUUGGCCGUGAAGGCCACCGUUGAAGGCCGGGCUCCUGUGAUCGUGAACUCCAAAUUCAUCGUGUGUGCCGAUCGGACCGGGAUGAAGGCCUUGAUAUAUGACCAUUCACGUCAAGGUUAUCCCCUCCUUGGUGAGCUCACGGGUCACGACAUGAUCAUCAACGCAAUUGCGUUUCAAGAAGACUCCAAAGUGAUCCUUACAUCGGGUUGGGAUGGACGAGUCAAGGUUUGGGAUCCGGAAGUCUUCCAAGAGACGAGUCAAAUUGAAUUGGGCACAUAUGUGAAUUGUAUUUGUGCCUGUUCAAAUGAAGUGGGAACUUACUUCAUUGGAGGCAAGGAUGGGCGGAUUGUUAGAUUGCAAUUGUGAGCUAUGUAUAAUGAUGUAUUAUUAUGAUGCGGUACAAUACAUAUUAGGACAUGAAUUUAGACCCAUAGGAGCGAGAUGAUUCACCUCAAAUGGCGUGUAUACGUAUAGGGAUUUGUGAAUGGAGGGCUUGUUUGAGCUUUGGAGCGAAAGUGAUCCAGGAAAAUCGUUGUUAUCAAUGGUUCAUUAAUCAUUCAAGAGCUUUCAUGAAACGGAGAUAAGUUCAGAUAAACUACCUAAAGAGUACAACCAGUACAAAUAGUCCGUUUGCUACCGAUUUCUAAGUUUAGAUCGGAUGCAAAAUCAUAAUAUUGUGCUUACGAUAAAAAAUCCUUAGUCCAAUCAGUCAUGACAAA